UUUCAAGAUAUCCUUGGUGGGCGAGCACAAUCCUCUUCCCAAAAUUUGGAGAGAGAAACAGAAAAUAGAAGAAGUCAAGGGUUUUCGGUGUUUGAACAACUUAACAACAACAACCAGUUUUCUAGAAGAAGAAAAACUAAAAAUGGAGCAAGUUGCAGAGGGCGUUAACAAUCUUAGCAUUACAGAUUCAUCCAACAACAAUGACAACAACAACCACAACAAUUUCAACAACAAGAAAAACCGUAUUCAAGUUUCCAACACCAAAAAACCUCUCUUUUUUUACGUCAAUCUUGCCAAGAGGUAUAUGCAACAACACAAUGAACUGGAGCUCUCUGCUCUUGGAAUGGCCAUUGCAACAGUUGUCACAAUCGCUGAAAUUUUGAAGAACAAUGGAUUUGCUGUUGAGAAGAAAAUAGCUACUUCAACAGUUGACAUCAAUGAAUCAGGGGGGCGACCUAUCGAGAAAGCUAAGAUUGAAAUUGUGCUCGAGAAGUCAGAGAAAUUCGAUGAGUUGAUGGCUGCUGCUGCAGCUGAGGCUGCCGAAGAAGAGGAGCAGGCAUAGGAUAUCCAAACUGUAGUGCUCUAUCAGUCAUUUCAGUCUCUAUUUUUCUGUUUGCCACUGGUUUGUAAGGGACUCAAGGGUUGUCUUUUCUAUAAAGUAAAUUGUACUAACGGAUUAAGCUACAAAGGCUUUCCCUAUCAAUUUUGUAACAACAAACAGUUCUAUUUCUGGUUUCUUACAUUGCAAAUUGUGAUCAAUUCUUUAUGGGCUUAUAGGAAUAUUGAUUGAUUGCUGCGCUCAGCUGCUCACUAUACAUAAUGCUACAUUUUUUUUUUGGUUCA